CAGACAUCGCACCGCCCCCAUCAAUAACUCACCACCCCCCCCCAAGUACCCGCCCUCCUCCUUGGAAAAACCACGCCGGCCCGUGUCUUACGAGCCCUCUCUCCUCACCAGCCUUCCACAAACCACCUCUCCGUCCACCCAAUCCUGCUUGCUUGCCCAGUAGUAGUGCAACCAACCGCUCUUCCAAGCUUCCAUAUUUUCCUGCUUUGGCUACUAACCCACCAGUGCUAAGUGCUAAGGGAGAGACCUAACGGAAGACCUAACGGAAGACCUAAACCCAAGAGCCUACACAGAAGGGAUAGGGCAUCUGUGUGCGACGGACUGUCCACUACUGUCCCCAUUGAGCCGCGUCUGUCUCAUCCCAAAACUCUUUUGGGUCUCACACUCGAGAAGAAGCGAGACAAUCAGACCAGCCUCUCUCCUGUCGCGCCUUUGCUCGCACCGCAUCUCUCUCUUUUACGUUUACGCGCCAUUCCCAACGCCCUCCUGAGUGGACCGCGCCUACAUUCAUCCAUCACCACUGAAUCCUCAUCGUUGACCAGAUCGCUGCUGCAAAUCCAUUUGGCCGCGACCGAGGGUUCUGGAGACCUCUUUCAGCUAAAGACCACCUCGUCGACGGCUCACCUUUGAGCGACGCUUCGCCAUGACUUCCAAUAAUACCAGUAUGGACCCGACAGAUCCGGGAACACCAAACCCAACGUCAAAUGUUGAACCACCAACUUCAACUGCUGACACAUCUGCUCCUCCAGUGACGACGCCGACGGAACCGGUCCCCCCUCCUACCUCGCAGACCACCACUGACCUUCCUACGUCCUCGGUGGCUCCUCCUCCCACGACAACAACCAACGAGCCGCCGACUAGCACGUCGGAACCCCCCCCUACAACCACGUCCGACAACCCUACAUCAAGCCAAGAACCUCCCUCCUCUACUCCACCGACAUCAACAGACAAUACCGGCGGCGGCAACAACGGACCCUCAAAAACAACCAUCACCCGCUCCACGACCGCAGCGCCAACAACCCCCACCAGCGGCACAACCACCGGGCCACCAUCCACGACCAGCUCCGACCCCUCUCUCAACGACGGGAACUCCGGCAAUAACAGCGGCGGCAGCCAUGGACUCACCGGAGCCGGGCGCACCGCCGUCGCAGUCGUCGUCCCCAUCGUGGCCGUAGCCCUGAUCGCCCUCCUCGCGCUCUGGUUCUGGCGCCGCCGCAAGCAACGCAAGGACGCCGAGGAGCUGCGCAGAAAGGAGGUAGAGGAGUACGGCUACAACCCUAACAACGACCCCACCCUCCCCGCCAUCGGCAUGGUCGGCGGCGCUGCCUCGACUGACAACGGAGCCCAUCACGAAGAGGAAUCGGGAUAUCGUGGAUGGGGAACUACGACUAAUACGUCUGGCCGCAAGGCGUCGACGACUAUGUCUGGCGGCGCUGCAGGCGCGUACUCCGAGGGCGCACAAUCGCAAGCCCCCGUCUCAGAGACGCGCUCUGAUAACGCCCUCGUAGGCAACGGACGCCCGCACUCUGAUGAGGUCGAGCAGCUCGGCGCAAUGGGUCCAUCCGCCGCCGGGAACAGGGGCGGAGACAUCCACCGCGGUGUUUCCAACGCGUCGUCCUCGUAUAGCGCGGGUCACGCGUCUGAUGGCUCGGAUGAGCAGGCUGUCCCCGGUGGCGCGUAUGGUGCCGCGCAGUACUACUCGAAUGAUGGGCCGUAUGCGGAUCAGGCUUAUGGAGGUCGUGGGGGCCCUGUAGAGGCGCAGGGACAGCCGGUUAUUAGGGAUAAUCUGGCGAGGAGGGCGACGAGGAUCGAGAACCCGUCGCACUUUCCUACGCAGGCUAGUGCGGGGAUUUCGCAGAAUUUCUAAGUCGUGGAUGAUGUCGACGGCUGAGGUGUGUGCCAGCGUGGUGGUUUCGCCAAAAAAGCAACGGGGACGACGGACGUGUUAUUAGUACGAUUACGCUCGAGGACAGAAAGAGGAGAACGAAGAGAGACGCGGCGUUUAAUAAUCUUUUUGCGAAUGAGGAGCUUGAGGCCUUUUUUACCUUCUUCUUACAAACUCUACACCCACCUUUUUUUAUAUAUGUUUUUUAACGUCAUUAAUGGAGCAUAAGGGGGGAAUUUGCAAUUGGCAUUUGGCAUCUAGGGAUGGGAAAUAUGGGAAGGGGAUUUGAAAGGAUGUUGUUGUUGUACAAAGUCGAACAUUUUUUUCUCUUUCGUUGUUUGUUCGUUUGGUGGUGGUGGUGGUGGUGGUGGUGGUGGUGGU